AUGCCUACUCGAACGCAAGACUCAGACGAGGAGUCGCACUCGCGAUCGCAAUCGCAAUCGCGAUCGCCUCCAUCAAGAACACCAGCGCAUCGAAAUCUGGCCGUCAGAGAACGAGAGACAAGUCGCUCAGGAUCAGGAUCUAAGAGGAAGCGCGCGGAUACAAGAAAUGGCGAGUCUUCGAACCAUCGAAGACGGACUGUUGAGCCUGCAGCGGAAAGCGAUGACGACGGUGACGAUGUGUACGAUCCUGAUCAGCCGGUAGAGGAGCGCCGCAAAGUCCAGCAGGGAUUCAGAGACCUGCUUCGUGAAGUGACCGAGAAUACAGAAGAGUAUUUACAAGCCGAUUCCCGAGGACUUCACGAAGCUAUCCUUCGCGCCGAUGAACUAUCCAAAAAAGUGCGACAGACCACGGAAGCAACAAUCGACUCACGGUUGCUUGUCAGCACUACCGACCUAUCAUACCGAAAGACUUUGAGACUCACCCAGGGAAGUCUCUCACAGGGCCUUGAUGUUGACGAGUUUGUAUCAAAAUGCAUUACAUACAUGAGACAUGGCCGAGGGAUUAUGGACGAUGACGCACCAGAGCUUUCAAGCACCCAGCGUCAAAGAAGAAGGACCACGAGAGGUGACGAGGAUGGGGAAGACGACAUCGGUGAUGAGGGUGACAUGAUGAACUGGCCCCAUCUAGGCCGUUUUGCUUGUCUCCCUUAUAUCCGCCGCCCUGCACUCCCGGGCUUCCUUCUUGGGCCCCUCUCAGUUGAGAAGAAAGCCCGCAAGAUCACAAAGCGAACCGCCCCUUUUAGGCCAAACAAUCUGACUGAGACUCGUCCCGAAGUGCUCAAUGUUGAGGAUCUAGCCAAGAGGGAGAAUGAUCUUACCGCAAUCUGCGGCAAGAUCCUUCACCAACUGCAAAGUAUUCAGGCAGAUGUACAACAAACAGUGAUGGAUAGCAUUGAAGACGAUAUGGAAGACGAGGAGAAGAACAAAAUUAUGCAUCAACACGGCUUACGAAGUACUGGCGGUAUAGAUCUGAUGCGCUUCGUUGUGAAUCCCAAAUCCUUCGGCCAAACAAUAGAGAAUAUGUUUUACGUCAGUUUUCUCAUUCGGGAUGGCCGAGUUGAGAUUGAUUUUGACGAUUAUGGUCUUCCGGCACUAGCUCCCGUGGACAGAGAGGCCGAAGCCGAAGAUGAAGAACCGACGCGCCAUGGGGCAGCAAAACACCAGGCCAUCCUUUCUAUGGAUAUGGAGACAUGGCAAGACAUUGUAGAUACAUUUGGCCUCAAAGAGCCGAUGAUUGCACAUAGAAGAGAAGCGACAAGUUCAGGACCUGGCGCACGGGGCUGGUACAGCUGA